AUGCUGCGCCUUAGCACUUCACGGGCCUCCGCGGCACUCGUCGUCUUUUUCAUAUUUCUCUUCGUCUUAGCCGAGUGCUCCUCUGAUUCCAAACCCAUUGCCAAUUGCAGCCGGCAAUGCGUUGCCGAGAGAUGUGAUAAUGUUUUCAUCAAUUAUGGGAAAUAUUGCGGAGCCGGGUAUACGGGCUGUCCUGGCGAGGCGCCGUGCGAUGAUCUCGAUGCAUGUUGCAGGAAUCAUGACGAUUGCGUUGAUAAAUUUGGUAUGCUUCAUUUGAAAUGCCAUAAGAGGUUGAGGAAUUGCAUGGCGAGAGUGCAGAAAUCUGGGAAGCCUGGAUUUUCCAAGACAUGUCCCGUCAGUCAAGCUGCAUCUACCAUGAUAAAGGGCUUAGAUUUGGCCAUCUUAUUGGGUCGACUGGUUGACAAAAAGGGCCAUUGA